GGUAACUUCAAUAUGCCUCCGAAGAAGAAGGGACAAGAUCAAUCGAGUAAAAAGACAGUUAACAAACAAAAGGAGAAGAUUAUCGAGGAUAAAACAUUUGGUCUAAAGAACAAAAAAGGCAAAAAGCAACAGCAGUAUGUAAAAAAUGUCACGCAACAGGUAAAAUUUGGUGGAAAUCCUAGUGCAAGAAAGUUAGCACAAGAAAAUGAUUCAAAGAAAAACCAACUGGAAAAGAAGAAGAAAGAAACAGAAGAAUUGAAUCAACUUUUUAAACCUGUUGCCACCAAACUUUCCAAAGAUGCUGACCCAAAAUCUGUGGUAUGUGCCUAUUUCAAGCAAGGUCUUUGUGGCAAAGGAGAUAAAUGCAAAUACUCGCAUGAUUUAACUCUGGAAAGGAAAGGAGAAAAAAGAAGUCUUUAUGUUGAUUCUAGAGAUGAGGAAUUAAAGCAAGAUACAAUGGACACUUGGGAUCAACAGAAACUGGAAGAAGUUGUUAAAAAGAAACAUGGUGAAAAAGAAAAGAAAAACACAACUGACAUUGUGUGCAAAUAUUUCCUCGAAGCCAUCGACAAAGCACUCUACGGUUGGUUCUGGACGUGCCCAAACGGAAACAAAUGCAUAUAUCGUCAUGCUUUGCCUCCGGGAUUUGUUUUGAAGAAAAAAGAGCAGAAAAACAAAGAGAAAGACGAGAUCUCGUUAGAGGAAUUAAUCGAGGAAGAGCGAGGGAAACUAGGCACGAAUUUAACAAAAAUCACUUUAGAAACUUUUACGACUUGGAAAAAGAGAAAGUUAAAAGAAAAAAAGGACAAUUACGAGAACGAGACGAAAAAGAAAAAGGAGGCGUUUAAAACGGGAAGAAUUGUUGGAAAGAUUAGUGGAAGAGAAGUUUUCCAGUUUCGUCCCGAACUGGUUACUGAUGAUGCUGAUGAUGAAGAGGAAUCAUUUGAUAUUACACAAUACAGGCAUGAAGAGGAUGAUGAUUUAUGUGAUGACGAGACAAAGAUUGUAGAGCUUUCUCUCGAUUCUUUUAACACACUGGAAUAUAACGAGAAUGGAUUGCCGACAGCGAAUAAAGAUAGCACAAAAGAGAUAGUUGUGGACAAUGGUGGAUUAGCGAUGGCUUGUGCUGUGGACGAUACAGGUCAGGCGAUAGGACCAACUGUUGACGGGGUACCUGUAGAUCAAAGUCUAUUCGAGGAUUUAGAUGAUCUUGAUUUAGAGGAUGAGGAUCUCGUAGAUUGAGCCAAAAUAAUGAGUUAUAUUAACUAUCAAACUCUGAAAUAAGAUACACAUGUCAGAUAGCCCAUUCACAAAUCCUUUUUCUAGUUUCAGUAUUUUAAAGUAUGCUUACAAUUAGGCGAAUUGCGAAAGCCAGGAAACUAAUUCUGUGACACAAUUGACGUCUAUAUAUUUCAAAUUUUAAUAUCUGCGAUCAAUGAACCAGCAGGAAGUCGUAAUCGAAAUAUAAAUAUUAAAGCCAAGCGUGUAAUGCGUAGAACAGCCAUAAAGAAAAAAAUAUAUGUUAUUUUUUUUCUUUGUCGCUGUUUUGCGCAUAAUAUGCUGGACUUUAAUAUUUAUAUUUUCGAUGAGGAAGUCUACUUGAAAUUGAAAACAGCCCAAUUGCAAACACAUCACCGAUGGUCGAUGUUUUUUUUGUGUUUUGUAAUAUUGUGAUAAGAUUAUAUAUAUUUUAACCUGUCAUGUUCACCUUAUUCAGAAAAUUACAUGGUUGGCAAUUGAUGUGGACAUAUUUCACUCAAGCUAGUGUUAAAAAUUCACCAAAAAUUACCAAUUUGGCGGAUAAAAAAAUUGUUAUCGGUGUCUUUCACUGAUGUAGAGAGUGAAUGCUUUUGUCACUUCCCGGUAUUCAACAAUUUUUCCCAGUUCACCUUUAAUUGGCCUGGGUUAGCCAGCUCAUCUUUCAUGUUUGUAAGGAAAUGCAACUGACUUGCUGCCCAAAAGUUAAUGACUUCCUUUGUAGGAUAUGCGUUACAGCACGCAUUUCAUUUGAGUGGCUCAUCCGUUUUUUCCUUUACUCAGAAAUUAUCUGUGUAUGUCUGUAUUUUCGUGCUUUGAUCGGUACAAGAACUAUUUCUGAAGAUUGUUGUUCAGCAUACUUUGAUACUGUUACUGCUGUAAAUCAACCAUAUCAUGGCAACCGAUGCAAAAGCUUACAAAGAGCUUAGUGAACCACAAUAUAAAAUGGGAUGUGCUUUCAUUGAUGAGCAAAAAUUGUUAAAGGAUCAAGAGUCUUAGAUAUGGGAUGUGGUACUGGUGAAAUAUCAAAGUAUAUCUCAGACCUUGUAGGAUGUGAAGGGCAUAUAGUGGGAAUUGAUCCCGACGAAGCACGUAUCAAGCUUGCACAGGAAAAUUACAAAGAUGUUAAGCAUCUCCAGUUCUUCGUCAGCGAUAGUGUUAAAGGUUUUCCCCACGAAGAUGAGCCUUACUAUGAUUUUCAUGUCUCAACGAAUGCAUUUCAUUGGCUUCCUCAUGAUCAUAAGAAAAUUUAUUUGAAGAAGGUGUUCAAUUCGUUGAAGCCCGAUGGCAAACUAGCAAUUUUGUGUGGUAUUAAACUGAGCUUUGACAAGGGUGAAUCGAAAAAUGUUGGUUUGCAUAUGCUAUCUUUAGAUGAAUUUAGGAAGCUAUUUGACGAUGUUGGCUUUUUCCCAAACGCUGUUGUGAAUGUACCCUAAAAUCGAUGCAUUUUAAAUCGGAAGAUGUUUUUAAACGUUGGUUCAAGGCUUCCACACAUCAUGAAAUGGAAGAGAUGGGCGAAGAUGCAAAAGCUAAAGGCGACGAGAUGACAACGUAUCAUGAUGAUGGAAGUAUGACAAUUCGUGCUCCAUUUGCUGUAAUUACUGCAAGCAAGUCGUGAACAAUAGUUGAUUACAGUUCUUUAGAGGCUUGUUUUCAAAACUUUUUUCGCAUUAUUUUGCUUGUUCCUGUAAUUAAUUUUCCCUAGUUUUCAUGUCUAUGUCGGAUGUAUGGACAUACUAGGGACAAAUGAAAGUAUUAAGCAUUUUGUAAAAUUUUGUUAAUUAUAAAAUUGUAUACCAUACUCUAAACUCGACACUCGCAUUAAAUCAAAGUUCAGAUUA